AUGAAGGAUCAGAUCAAAAUUAUGCAUGUUAAUAGUCAUACAGGUAAACAAGAUAUCUAUAGCCGCAUAAAUGAAUUAGCAGAUAGGGCUGCUAAGAAAGGUGCUGAUUGUAACAAUAUUCUUACUAAUAUUCCAUCCAAUAAUUGGUAUAUUAUUAUCAACAAUGUAUUAUACACUCAAAACACUGGACAAACAAUGUACAAACUUCUAUUUCAACGCCUCCACAAAAGAACAUAUACGCCAAAGAACCUUCCUCCCAAGAACAGAAAGUUCACCAACAUUUACCCCUCAAUAGGAAUCGGUUUCAGAACCUUAAAUCUAAUAUUUAAAAUUAGAGUGAACGUGAUGAAGACUUUGGAAAAUUUAAACAAGAUAUCCAAGACGAACUUGCUAUGUCCUUGCUGUAGUAGAGAGACAAUGCAACACAUUAUUUUUGAAUGUAAAUACUAUAGUGAUAUAAGAAAAGAAAUGUUUAGGAAUUUAUAUAAUAUCUCAAUAUAUGCAAAGAAUAACAAGAAAUUCUCCAAACGACUAUUGUACCUCAUCAAGACUAAACAAGAUAUCCAUAGCCUAACAGGUGCUAAAGUUGGAUUGGGUAAGAAAUGGGACAAAGUAUUUACUAAGGAAGCUUAUCGAUUUAUUACUAAAAUGUGGAUGAAACGAAAUCAUUUUUUCAUGGAAGAAUUGAAACUCACCUGGAAUGAAUUUGAACAACAAUACGAUUUUAAUCCCAAUUUCAUUGAUUUGAACAAGUUUAAACUAUACAUGAAAUACCCACGACCAUGA